AUGGUCCGCCUCGCGAAACCACCGCCUCCACGUUUGGCAGCACCAGCGACGGCAUCAUCAUCAUCAUCCUCAGCGGCGCCAGCUGUGCCACCACCAGCCUACACAGUCAACUCCAGCCCGAAUGCCAGCUCCAGCAACCCACCAGGCUACUCCCUCUUCGAAAACUACCGCCCCGGCGAAAAAUCCGCUCCCACCGAGCCCAUCCCGGAACCGCGCGUAGUCGAAGAAGCCCGGCCGCAGCGCGAACGCCAACGUCAGGCCCAGCGAGCACCACAGCGUGGGAGACGCCAGGCCAGAGACGAAGCCGCCGUUGGCGAUGCAGUUCGAGGCGUUCAACGGCGAGCGGAGACGAAACCUGGGGAGCAAUGUUUGGCUGGUUUGACGUUGAUGGCGAUUAGUGCGCUGGGGCUGUUCUUCAUUUUUUGGAUGAUGUCGAGGCCGAGUCCUGAGAGUGAGGGGGUGGAGGAGAGAAGUGUUUCUACUGUGAUGUUGUUUUGA